AAAAAAACACAAAACAAUAAAACUCAAAUAAUUACUGAAAAUGGAUUUUAAAAUCGUCUUCUUUCUGGCGUCAUUCUCCUUUCUGGUGUGGAAUUCCAGAGCGUUUAAUGUCACCACCAUGCUCGACGAGUACCCGAAUUUCAGCAACUUCAACAACUACUUGACGCAGACCCAUCUCGCCGGCGAGAUCAACUCGCGCAAAACCGUUACGGUUUUAGUGGUGGAUAACGGCGGCAUGGGGGCUCUGUCGGGGAAAUCAAAUGAUGUGAUUAAGGGGGUCAUGGCGGUUCAUAUUGUUCUUGAUUACUAUGACGUUAAGAAGUUCAUGAACUUGAAGCAAAAGUCCACGAAGUUGACGACGCUUUUCCAGUCGACGGGCAUGGCUUCCAGCGAGAACGGGUUCUUGAACGCCACCGAUAUGGGCGGCAGCACGGUGGCGAUUGGCUCCGCCGCCAAGAAUUCGCAGCUGGGAUCCAAUUUGGUCAGCGCCGUGGCUCACGAGGGAUAUGACAUAUCCAUUUUGCAGAUUAGCAGUUUGGUUAUCCCGCCCGGCCUGGAUUCCAUUGCCCCGUCGUCUGCGCCGCCGUCUCCACCGCCGCGGCAUGACAAUUCUCCGGCAGCUGCACCGGCGCCGAGGAAGUUACUCCCACCUACAAACUCCCCGCCAUCUCAAUCACCACCCACACCUUCCCCACCCGGCGGUGCACCGUUGCCGGAAGAACCCGACAGCCCUGCUCUUUCACCCGAGGGGGACUCGGAAUCCUCGGCGGCUAACACAGCCCGAGAAGCUUGUUUGGGCAUUAUAAUGGCGAUAAUCUCAGCAAACCUCUUCUUCUUCUUCAUGCUAUGAUUUGAGGGCCGGAAAUGAGAGAAGUUUUUUUUUGGAUUAAUUAGCAGCUGGGCAAGAACCAGUCGGGGACGUGAA